AUGGGUCGGCCAAUUUUAGAAUAUGGCACUGUAAUUUGGUCGCCUUACACCGAUGCUGCCUGUAGUCGUAUUGAAAAAAUACAAUCAAAAUUAUGUAAAUGUAUUGGCUAUCGCUAUGGUAUUCCUGGUGGUUACAACACAGUGUCUGAUGUCUAUGAAUACUAUAACAUAAACAGCCUGCAAGAACGUCGUCAAGUAGCUGACAUGUUAUUCUUUUUCAAAGUCAUGAACGGCCUUAUCGAUGCGCCAGACAUCAUCAGCAUUUUCGAACUCGCAUCAGUGGGUCCCUCACUGAGACAUAACCGUCUCCUGAUGACUACGAAAACAACCAAGAGCUACGUUUUCAACGGUCCUCACAACCGUCUGGCCAGGCUCGUCAACUCAUUGCAUAGUGAUGUGGACUUCUAUAGUGGAUCACUCAGUGUCUUCAUCCCGGAUAUCAAAUCACGUCUACUGCAAUAUCCCUAG